AUGGAAGGCCGCUCGGCGCAUGCAGAAUUCAUCCCAUUCGAACAGCGGUUCCCAAUUGUGCUUCCAAAGGGACACGACGUCACAUCGAAGCUCCUUUUACACUACCACGAAAAAUUUGGCCACGCAAACCGGGAGACCGUGGUGAAUGAACUACGCCAACGUUUCUACGUCCAACACGUUCGAGCAGCGGUUCUGCAGGUCAUGAAGGAUUGUGCGCGGUGUAAAAUCAUGAAGUGUCGUCCGGCAAUUCCUAGAAUGGCACCACUCCCAGUACAACGUCUGACUCCAAAGCUACGACCAUUCAGCUAUAUAGGGAUAGACUACUUUGGUCCGGUGGUUGUGACAGUUGGUCGCCGUGCAGAGAAAAGAUGGGUCUGCCUGUUUACGUGUCUCGUUUCCAGAGCGAUCCACAUGGAAGUGGCUCAUAGCCUAAGUAGCCAAUCCUGUAUUAUGGCUAUUAGGAGAUUCAUCUGCAGAAGGGGUGCUCCACUGGAAAUAUUUUCAGACAAUGGCACCAACUUUUUGGCGGCAAGCAAAGAGUUAGUUCAACAAGUUCGAUGUAUUGAAUUGGAAUGUGCAGAUAUCUUCACCGAUGCGAGGACGCAAUGGAGUUUCAACCCGCCAGCCGCACCGCACAUGGGCGGGAUAUGGGAACGGUUGGUGAGAUCAGCAAAGGAAGCGUUGAAAUCCCUACAUGAAGGCGGAAGGUUGACUGACGAAAUCCUGCAUACCGUUUUGGCUGAAGCUGAGGAUAUGGUUAAUUCCCGACCACUUACGUAUGUACCUCAGGAAUCUGCAGAAUCCGAGGCGCUCACACCGAACCAUUUCCUCCGUGGGUUACCUGCAGGAGAGCGAGAGGAAGUUAGGACGCCGACGAACUCAGCCGAAGCACUCAGAGAUAGCUACAAGCAGUCCCAGAAAUUGGCUGACGUCUUGUGGCAAAGGUGGCUGAAGGAAUAUGUGCCUACGAUCAACCAUCGCACCAAAUGGCUGGAGGAGCAAGAUCCGGUGAAAGAAGGAGAGCUGGUGUACAUAGUCGACGGAAACAAUCGCAGAACAUGGAUAAGAGGCAUUGUGGUGAAGGUGUUACGAGGCAUUGACGGAAGAGUGCGUCGGGCACUAGUGAAGACUUCGAAAGGAGUGUAUCGUCGUGCUGUUUCCAAACUGGCGGUGAUGGAGCUUAGGAGUAAAUCUGAUUCUUCUUGCGAACGCGGACCAGAUUUACGGGAAGGGGAAUUGUUACCACCACUGCUGGGCACAACUCUAACUGGCCUGUCGAAGAGUGACCAGACCGAUAAAUGUCACGGUAAAGUUGACAGCGAUGCUUGA